UGUAUAUUCGCACCGUUUGUGACUAUGGAAGGAGAUCCAAGAACAGGAGGACUCGUCAAGAACUCUACUUUUCAAACAGCUUCUGAUCGAGCGUUUUUGUAUGAGAGUAACAAGGAUGUUGCUGCCGUCUGCACCCACAACAACAUCACCCAAACAACCUACACCAACACACCUCCAACAACCCUCUCACUCUGCUUCUACAACCUCCCCUCCCUAUCCGUCCUAUCCCAUUUCACAUCCCUAACAACCCUCUGUAUCGUCGCGCAAGAUAUAAAUUCUUUAAAAGGGUUGAAUGCUUGUCCGUUUUUGGAGAGGUUGUGGGUUUGUGAGACUUUUGUGGAGGUUUUGGAAGGGUUGGAGGGGUGUCGGGAGUUACGAGAGUUGUAUUUGUAUACGAAUCGGAUUCGACGGAUUGAGGGCUUGGAUACUUGUACGAAAUUGCAAGUCCUUUGGUUAUGCGAUAACGAUAUUAGUACCCUAGAAAACAUAUCUGGUCUAAAAGAUUUAAAACAACUCCAUCUCGGGAAUAACCGGAUAGAAUCUGUUGGAGAUGCUUUGGAUGAGAAUUUCGCUUUAGAGGAUCUCAAUUUAUCUGGAAACGCCAUCUCAUCCUUUCGUCAAGUCAUGUUCCUCUCUCGUUUACCAAACCUCCAUUCCUUAUGUUUAUCUGAUCCCAAUUUUGCUGAAAAUCCCAUUUGUGGAUUAUCGAAUUACCAAACGCAUGUUAUAUACCAUUUACCAAACUUGAAAUGGUUGGAUACGUUGCAAGUUACUGAGGAGAGUCGGAGGAUUAUUAAUGCGACGGUGAUGAAGAAACGCAUGUAUUAUAAUAUGCGGAUUCGGACCAUUAAGCGCAACACAAACUUUUUGAUCAAAGUACUUGAAACUCGGACGUCGGAUGCAUCGCAUCUGGAAUCAGAUUUACUUACCCUUAUUGAACGAGUCAAAAAAGUUGUUAAACGACAGGACGAUCUUGCUGGAUCUACCAUACCAAACCAUGAUAUAAGAAAGUGGACUGAAACACUACACCGUCUCAACCACUUCAUCACUACAAAAUCCAAUGCCCUCCAACAUCUCCACAUGCAUAAAUCGCAACUGUUGAACCAAAUUAUCGAUACAAGUGAUAUGGCCAUCAGAAAACUCUUGUUGGAACUCGAAACGGGUGGAAAUGUCCGGUUUGAGCAAGUAGAAGAUGAUAAUGAGGUUGUGUCGCGGGUACUAGAAAACUCGAAUGCCAACGUACAUUGUAUUUCGAGAGUUCAUAACCGGUUUCUAAGAAAUCAAUUUGAGGCAGCAACAAAACCCGACGAUACCUUCACAUACCUCUGUUUCCAAUCCAAAGACGUCUUUUCAAUCGUUGAAUACGGGUUCUGUGAACCAGUAACAUUAACCCAAUUCCUGUCCAUAAACGAAACCGAACCAGGACUCUGCCAAGCGAUCCUCGUAAAAACCCCUCUCACAGAUCCCAAAGAAAAAGAUUCAGACACAUUUUCGUCUACCCAGCCCCUUCUUCCGGAAUACUUGCUCGAAUACACUUUGCCAAACGCUGAAAAACUCUCGAUGGUCGAACAAGUGGUUUUGGAUACGGCCUUGUCGAAUCGGUUGAGUUUGGCGGGGAUGCCGGGAGUUGUCUCGGAUGUGACGAGUCGGAUGCAGGAUGGGCCGAUACAUUCUUUGCAUGACAUGACGCUUUCUUUGAUUGAAUCACAGUAUCCUGAAAUAAAAGCCGCAAACGACGUUCCCAUUUCAUCGAUCGACUCUACAAACCCUCCAGUAGGAGAAAUCCUCAAUCUCUCCUUUUCACCCAACCCCCUCCCAACACCUUACACUCACAUCAAAACCCUCCGUCUCUCCCACUGCAAACUCACGAGCAUCCCACCUCUCCCACCGCAUCUCGAGACACUGGACGUGAGUUUCAACAACUUGGACUCGCUUACGGGAUGUGUUAGUGUAAAGUACUUGGAUGCAGCGGGGAAUCAUGUUGGGGAUGUUGAAGGCUUGGUAGAAUUAUUCCAAGGUUCUGCUCUCCUUACACUGGACACACGAUUCAACCCCGUUUGUAAAAGCAAGGGGUACCGAGCAUAUAUUCAUACACGCCUUCCACACAUACAAAUCCUAGAUGGCAUACCCUACCCUAAAACCGAAAAGGCACCCCAACCACUCUCCCUACCCUCCAUUCUCAACCACGCUUCAACCCAACCCCACCUCUUUCGACCCCUCAGUGUCCGUACGCAAGCAGGGUACGGCUUCUCGGCGGGCCAAAAUGAGUAUUGGCGGUUAUCCCAUUCUCCGCAUCUUGCUGAAUCGGUUAUAUUGGAAGCGAUUACGACGUUGGAGUUGGAUUCGUGUCAGUUGUUUGAUUUGGAUGUUCUUCCGUUAGGACUCGUCAAUCUCCGCUGGGCAAGUUUCAGAAACAAUAACCUGAGAGAUAUAUCCAAACUCGCCCAAUACACCCACCUAGAAGAACUUGUUCUCGAGAACAAUGAAAUUGAAUCCAUGGAUGCCUUGACGGCUCUCAAAAAUCUGAUUAAACUCGAUGUGAGCAUUAAUCGCAUCUCGUCGGUAGAGUGUGCAAGGGAUUUUGCGUCCUUGAUGUGCUUGUCGUUGGAGAAUAAUUGUGUUGGAUGUUUGAGGCCUUUGGCAGAGUUGCCGACGUUGAUGGAAUUUUACUGCGGGAACAAUUGCCUUGGAGACUUAAUAAACAUCUUUCCACUAAAAGCACUUCCUCGCUUGAUCAUUUUGGAUUUCACUGGGAAUACUGUAUGCCAAGUGGAUAACUAUCGAUUAUUCUCAAUUUAUCAUUUAACACGAUUAAAGAUUCUCGACGGAACAGGCAUAUCACCGAAAGAACAAACAUUGGCACGGGAAGCCUAUCUCGGCAAACUUACCAUCGAACUCCUCGGUGAAAAAAUCGGACACUUGACAUUCAAAAACAUAUGCGAACUCGACCUCCGCAACUGCAAAAUUCGAGAAAUAGAUUGUUUCGCCGACUGCGAUUUCAGAAAUUUACGAAAACUCGUUUUCGACAAUAACCUUUUAACCAAUAUCGAUUGUUUUGUUGGUCUCACGGGCCUCAAAACCCUUUCGCUAAACAAUAACCGCAUUGAACGGCUCUUAUCGACAGACCAACCUGCACCCAUGACAUCCCCAAAUGGCAUCAUGAGACUCGAUACACCGGAAUACGGACGACAACAGACCGUCAAGACCCUUUUACCCAAUUUAGAGGAACUUUCUUUAGGAUAUAACUGUAUUUCGAGAAUUGCAGAUUUGGCGUUAUACCGGUUGGCACAUUUAAAGAUGCUUUAUUUGCAUGGGAAUCGUAUUAGCAAGGUCGAUGGAUUAGAACACAUGACAAACCUGAUUGAACUCGUCUUGGACAGAAACCAAAUCAAGGGUGUUGAUCCCUCGUCGUUUGUCUCAUUGAUCAACCUAAAAGAGUUGCAUAUAAAAGAAAACCGAAUCAAAUCCCUCUCCCAUUUUGAUUGCCUUCCAAACCUCCUCCACUUGCAUUUGGCUAAUAACCGGGUACACGACACUAGCGAAAUCGAGAAAAUGAAACUCCCAAGCCUGAUUGAAAUCUCUCUCUCCGCCAACGCCGUAGCCCGCAAACAAAUGUACCGAUACGCCCUCGUGAUCCGGUUUCCACAGAUUAUGGGUAUCGAUGGCAAGGAUGUCACACUUGAGGAGCGUCAACGGGCUGAAAUGUACUUUAUGGAACAAUGCAUGUUGAGAGAAGAUACGAGUCCUCUAAAUAAGAUGGUGGGGCAUUCCGUUUCGUCUAUUCCUGGGACGCAAACAGUGAAUGGAAUCAAAUUACCCAUCAAGAUUACGUCGGUUGUUUUGGAUGGUUUGGAAAUGAAGCUUGCUGCAAACUCUUCUGGGUUUGGAUCACCAGCGCGAUCAUAGCAUUUGGCGCAACUCCCCGAACUCGUCGGCAUUGCAAAGCAAUAACAAAUCCUCUCGGCUGAUAAAAGACUGAUAUAUCAUAAAUAAAAAAAUGCAAAUCUUGAUCUAGA